ACCCUAGCCAAUCGUGCUCGCUUCCUUCCACCUUGCCUUUCCUAUUUCUAGUAAAACCCUCCCAAAACCCUGCAAGUCACAACCUUUGUCUCUCGCCCUGUGAAAAAUGCCUUUGGGAGAUAAUUUAGGAGACAAAAGCGACUCCAGAUACUGUGGAGUAGAGACCGAGUUCAAUGAUGACAUGCCUCAUGUUCUUUCCCAUAACAUCAAUGGCGGUUUUGAUUUCGUCGUAGCUCCUUUGAUGGAACCUGGAUAUAGACCUAGCUUAAUUGAUAAUGCUAGCAAAGAUUCUAGUGUGCUUCCUUUUGCUGGAUCAGAUUUGGUUUUAAGCCCAUCACAAUGGAGUAGUCAUGUUGUUGGCAAGAUUAGCUCAUGGAUUGACUUAGAUUCAGAAGAUGAUACUCUUCGUGAGGACUCUGAAAUUGCUUUGAAGCAAGAAUUAGCUUGGGCUUCUCAUCUGUCUUUACAGGCAUGUCUUCUUCCUACACCCAAGGGUCCAUCUUGUGGUAAUUAUGCAAGAUGUGUGAAUCAGAUUCUACAAAACCUCAAUAACAUGCAGCUGUGGCUUAGGAUUCCUCUGGAGAAAUCUGAUGUUGAUGAUGAUGCUGUCAAUGGCAUGGCAAUAGAGAUUACAGACUCUUGGGAAUUAUGGAAUUCUUUUCGUGUUUUAUGUGAGCAUCACAGCCAGCUGUCAGUUGCCCUUGAUGUUCUGUCUUCAUUACCUUCUGCAAAUUCACUUGGGCGUUGGAUUGGAGAGCCUGUUAAAGCUGCUAUUCUUCAUACUGAUUCUUUUCUAACAAACGCACGUGGCUACCCUUGUCUAUCUAAACGUCAUCAGAAUCUACUCAACAGUUUCUUUUACUAUUCAAUACAGAUUGUGCUUUCUGGAAAACCAGUGCAUAAGCUUCCUGCAACAUCAGGUGUAAACCAAACUGAUAACUAUGCCCAACAAGCUCAAAGACAUGACUUAAGGUCAUAUUUGGAUUAUGUUGGGUAUUUAUAUCAGAAAAUGGAACCCCUUCCUGAACAAGAACGAUUUGAGCUUGGAUACAGGGAUUUUCUACAAUCUCCCUUACAACCUCUCAUGGAUAAUUUAGAAGCCCAAACUUAUGAAACAUUUGAAAAAGACAGCGUCAAAUACAUUCAGUAUCAAAGGGCAGUGAGUAAAGCAUUAGUGGAUAGGGUUUCUGAUGAGAACGCAUCUGCAACAACUGUUGUGUUGAUGGUUGUAGGUGCUGGACGAGGACCUCUUGUUAGAGCAUCUUUACAGGCUGCUGAAGAAACUGGACGCAAGUUGAAAGUUUAUGCUGUAGAAAAGAAUCCAAAUGCAGUUGUCACACUUCAUAGUUUGGUUAAAUUAGAGGGAUGGGAGAAUAACGUGGCAAUAAUUUCAUGUGACAUGAGAUGCUGGGAAGCUCCAGAAAAAGCCGACAUUUUGGUGAGUGAAUUACUCGGUUCUUUUGGUGACAAUGAGCUCUCACCCGAAUGUCUUGAUGGAGCUCAACGCUUCUUAAAGCCAGAUGGAAUCUCAAUUCCUUCAUCGUAUACAAGUUUUAUACAGCCCGUGACUACAUCAAAGUUAUAUAACGAUGUGAAAUUGCAUAAAGAUCUUUUACACUUUGAAACCGCUUAUGUUGUAAAGCUACACCGUUUGUCCAAACUUUCUCCAUCUCAAUCUGUUUUUACAUUUACACAUCCAAAUUACUCCCCCAAUAAAAGUAAUGAACGAUACAAGAAGCUUCGAUUUGAAAUGCCGAAUGAUACUGGAUCAACUAUUAUUCAUGGGUUUGCUGGUUAUUUUGAUGCAAUACUUUAUAAAGACGUGCAUUUGGGCAUUGAACCAACAACUGCAACACCAAAUAUGUUCAGCUGGUUUCCAAUAUUCUUCCCAUUAAGGUCACCCAUAUACGUGAAAGCAGGGGCUCCUUUGGAAUUUCACAUUUGGCGGUGUUGUGGCAAUACCAAAGUUUGGUAUGAAUGGUGUGUGACCUCUCCAACAUCAUCUCCAAUACACAACUCAAAUGGGCGUUCAUAUUGGGUUGGUUUAUAAUCCAGUUUUGUAAAACGGGCGGGUUUUUUUUAAUCCGGGUUUGUGGUAUUAUAUGUAUACGAAGCCUUUUUUUUUGGGUUAGUAAGAUGACAACUGAGGCACUUUAAAUGGAAGUUUUUUGCUGGUUUUUAUGGAGAAGGAUCUGUUUGUAUUUAUUUA